AUGGGUUCAGAAAGUUUAAGUCAUCGAUUUGCAGCCAAAGAUCCGACAUUUCAUGGGAAAUUAAACGAAGAUGAAAAAUCUUCUUCUCAUGGCUCAAUGUCACACACAUCUGGAACACAACCUGUGUCAGUUAGUAAUGGUUCCGAAUCGUCCUCGUCGAUUGUCAAACAUAAUCACAAACCAAAUUCAAAAUACAGACGCUUGAUCAAACUUUUCCGACAACAGUUGUCUCAUACAGAAACAACCGUAAAUGCCAUUGAAUCAUUAUCAAAAUCAAGCGGUGAUCGAAAAAAUCAAAUGCUUUUAUCAACACGAGAACAAAUUCAUAAAUUGUAUCAGAGAUUGGAAAAUCUACGCAAUGAUUUAUCAAUUCGAGAUCAUGAACAUGUUGAUUCCAUUAAACAUGAUAUUGAACAUUUAAUUGAUGAUUUAAAAUCCUAUAAAAUGAAUUUCGAUAAUGAAGAUUCAAUCAACACGAUCGAUUAUUUAGUUGGGUUUCCUGUAAACAUAUCUGACAAUGACACUGAUGACGACGAGACUUUAGUCUAUUUCUAA